CUUGUCGUCGGCGUAGUCGCGUCGUCGCUUACGCGUCCGCCCAAAAGCCAGCGCGCCUGGGCCGAUCGCCAUCAUGAAAACAUUCGCCCCUCGUUAUCGUUGUUUCUCCUCCGUCCUUGCAGGCUCCGCGGAUUGAAGUGUAAUAUCGAACGCGUCCACGGCCGGGAAGUCACGAGCGCACGCAAGCACGGACACCGACGUUGGUUCACGGCCCGUUCUCCGAACGGAAACGCGACGCGCAGUGAAGGCUGCGCUUUUCGUCGCGAUUACGCGCACCGCGCAAAGUGCGCCGCGAGAGAUUAUAAAACGAGAACGAGCCACCGCGACGGGCGAGAGACACGGGCGAUUAUUCUCUCGACGGUCCUAUUGUGCGCGGGGUGUACGCGGGUCGCGAUAAGGAUACGGCCGCCGCUACUUAAAUGCCUCGCACAAAUUCCUACUCCAUGUUGUGCAUUGGUUGCGACACGGCUGCGUGUUGGAAAGUGAGUACAUGGUGACACACGGUUGUAGAGGAGCAAUUGGGAAGAGAGCUGCAGCAAAGGACACCUAGUUAUCCUGUACCAAGCUGACUGCGACUUUCCACUGUUUCUCAAGGCAGUGAUCGCAACUAAGAUAUAAACGGGAGCCUCCUUAUUUAAGGAAGAGUGACACUGAAAGACAAGCAUUAUGGAACGAGAAUCUAAUUCUAUGCAAGCUCUGUGCCGCAGUGGCUGUGGAUUUUAUGGCUCGCCAGCUACUGAAGGCCUUUGUUCUCUUUGCUAUAAAGAAAAUCUGAAAAAGAAGCAACAACCUCCGGUGUCAGCUGCCACUGUACCAACCUCACAGUCAGUCUCCAGCAACGCUGGUACGUUGCAAAGCAGUUUUGGUAGCCCAGCGGCUACAGGAACGACGGCCCAACCUACCAUUCCUACCAUACCUCAGUCAACGUCGGAUCUGCCCAAUCCCAAAGAAAAGGUAAACAGGGAAGAUCAGGAAAGUGAAGUAAGUGUAAGCAGUGCAGUAGCUGAAGGCUCAUCGGCAAGUAGUGGCGAUGUAGACGACUCCUUCGAUGGCAAAGAGACUGAUAAAGAAUCUAAGAAGAAGAAAAACCGUUGUGCUGUAUGUCGCAAAAAAGUUGGUUUGACUGGGUUUGAGUGCCGUUGUGGAGGACUAUUUUGCGCUGUGCAUCGGUACAGUGACAAGCACGAUUGCAAAUUCGAUUACAAAGAAAUGGGCGCUCAAGAAAUUCGGCGCAACAAUCCAGUUGUUGUUGGUGAAAAAGUGCAAAAAAUUUGAACUAUUUAGUGUGUAGUCGUUGGGAAAAUGGUUAUUAUAACUAUAUAAACAAACAGAAUAUUAAAAAAAAAACACGAAGAAAACGAGGUAAAUUAUCUGGCAGCUGAUUCGCACGUCGAGGGGUGAAACGAGCGAGUGUGCAAGACCGAAAGGAAGAGAAUGAAUGUGAGUGAACGCGCAAGAACGACAGCGAAAUUGUUUUGUAGCUGAACGCCGAGAAAAGGUAGAAAAAAAAUGAAAAGAAACGAAUAUCAGAACAGAACAAAUAAACGAAAGAUUGCAAAUUUGUAUGUGUGUGUAUGAAUGAAUGAUUCUUAAUUGGAUGCCAGUGCCAUGUAAGUUUCAAGAUUGUCAUCUAGUGAGAGAAUUUUAAUUGAGAAUAUACCUGGUUACUAACUGCUGCCAGCUUACUACUAUUAUUACCUAUUAUUAUCUUCAUGAUUAUUACAAUUUAUAAUUAUUCUAUAUUAUGUUUAUUAAUUUACACACUUAAAUGGAAAAUGUGAAUAUGAAGCUCGUUUUACGUAAAGGCAGAACUCUUGGUGCGGUCAGUCAGUCCAGGACAUCUCUUUAGAAGUUUUGAUUUGUUUGAAAAUUUUAUACAUUACUGUUUCGUUUAUAUAUACAAAAAUUAAAAUAGGGAAUGUUGCUUAGGUAAUGGCUGACGUUGAUGGGUGAUCACAAUCUUAGGUUAAUAAUUAGUCUAAUAAUUAUUAAGUAUAUUAGUCUAUUGAUUCAUAAAUAAUGCAAUGAAGUAUAAGUAGUACUGUGUGUUUAUGUCCAACUUCACGUGAAUAUAACCAGCAAUUAUUACUCAUUAAAUAUGUUUCAACCUAUAUUGCAAAUAAUUAUUUACACUACGGCCGCAAAUCUGGGAUCUGUAAAUUAAACCCCUCUUUAACGCAUUCUUCAAUUUCUCUUAGGAUAUAAACUGAAUUGUUAAUGGUUGAAAUCGUCAAUUAGUUUACUCGUUUUCCUUAUUUUUGCUUGUUUUGCGAGUUUUGUAGGAUAGCUGCGCGAGGUAUUCCGGUGCUGCAUAGCAGCGCAUAAUGUAAGAAUAAAUGAUUAAUAAAAUGUCUAGAGAGGCCGGGCAUUAUAUGAACGACGAAGAAGAGAACUAUUAACGUUUGUAAAGUGUGAACGUAUACUAAAACCGUGCGAAGGAUAUUACGCUGAUAAAUUUUAUAAUCCACGUACAUACUUCUGACUACUUUUCUUCUCCGCGCUUAAAACUCGUGCCGGAAAUUUUUUUUGCCCAUAAGUAGUUGUACAUGUUUGUAAAGUUAUAGCAUAUGUGGAAAGGUGCUAUAGCUGCCCAGCUUUGUUGUAUUCUUAUAAAACGAAAAUGAGUGAAAAUGAUAUUCUGUAGCGCAAAUUAUGCUCCACGUAGGAAGUCAAACCUUAAAAGCUUUAUUACAAGUUAAAUUUUCAAGAAAAAGGAAAAAAUAUAAAAUAUAUAUUGCGACUUUUCAAUUUCGCGUAAAAGAACAUAUUUUUUUCUUUUUUUCUUUAUCGUAUCCUGGGACAAAGCACUUCAUCUAAAUUGCGUGCUGCCGUUCUUUUAUUUCUUAUUUUGUAUAAUUAGGACUUACCCUGUAAAGUAGACAUAUCCUUUUGUUAUUUGCUUAAGAUUUAUUUUUGCGUCACUUGGAAAAAUGUACAGCAAAGUCUUUUUAUUUCCGAUAAAUAUAGCAUUCUGUUAAAUGUCAUAUCGCAAAGCUUAUCAAGCUGAUUUUUAUUUUUUCAAAAGAUCAAACAAACAGCAAAUACUGCAUUAGUUCUCCCAUUGUUACUAAAUAUUUCACGUAUUGCCGCCAAAAGUACUUCAGCCGAAAACGAUUUUAUCUCUUUGAACAUAGAGUUAAAUUUUCAAAAAAUUUGCGAUUUAACAAUACCUAGAAAUUAAGGUUGUCGAAAAAUUCUUAUCUUUCGGUAUGAUUACGAUAAUAAUUCGCGCACGAUUCUCCGCGGUCUUUAUAAGACAACUAUGCGCUGAUUACAUAGACAAUAUAUACACACCUGUUAUAUCAAGAUUGUCGUUAAGACGAAUCUGUCCUUUUUUUUUCUUUUGGCGCACUUUUAGGAACGUUGAUCAGAGAAAUCAGAAUCGUGUGUAGAAAAGAAACGCGCACACAUCCACAUACACACGUAUACAUACACACACCGAUUAUCAGUAAUAUCGACGGAAUGGUUGCCUUCAGGCCUUCAUCCUAUUUUAGGCAUAGCAUAUUUUUCUAACGUGUAUCGCAAUAUCGGAAUAAUCUUGCCUAGCGAGAGCGAUCGAAUGAUAGAGAAAAAGAGAAAGAGGGAGAGAGUGAUUGAAGAAAUGUGUACAUGGAGGGUAGAAAUGAUUGAAAGUGAGGCAGAGAGAGGAAUGCGUGCAAGGAAUAUAAGUGAUUUAUAGGAGACAAGAGAGAAAGAAAAAGAGAGAGAGAGCGAGAGAGAGAGAAAGAGAGAAACAAAAAGAAGAUUAUCAGCGACGAUCGUACUUGGCUGACUAUAUAAGGACGUAACACGAUGCUUGUAAUUAUUACGAUUGAUAUUAGUACGUUUAAGCUAUUAAAAAAGUAACAUCAACUUUAAUAUAUUAUAUGAUUACAAUUACCAUCCUUUGAAAUGCUUUAGACAUUUAGGUUUCACGUACGUAAAGCAAGUUAAUGUAUUCCUGUACGCCCCUUCCCGCCUUCCUCCUCCCUCCCUUGUCCUUUCGCCCACUCUUCUUCCUCCUCUCGUUCCAUUCUUCCCGGCCCUUACGGACCUUUUAACAGUUCUUAAAAACGUUUAUAUAAUUAUAGUGGACUAUAUUUAUGUAUAUUUAAAAACAAAAUAUAUAUAAAUGCAUCGCCCCUAACGAAAGCCGGCAAUCGUUUUUUGUGUGCUCUCGACUACUUUAUAUAGAAAUUUAAUCAGCAUCUCUCCGCGUUAUUGUAGCUGCUGUACAAAAAGAACAGAAAAACAUCUCUCGCGGACGUUUGAACGAGAUGCGACUUUAUUUUCUCUGUAAUGAAAAUUUCUGCUGCAAUAAACGGUUUAUCUUUUA